GGCUGACUUCACAUAGCCGUGACACUCGGUUCAUCUCCGCCGUUCAGCGCCCAGUCUUCCUUGCGUAUUUGCCUCCGUGAUCGUCUGCUGCAGACAUGAGCAAUACCCUGCAUCCGAGAGCGUCGUCGGUGAAUGUCGCGACGCCGACGUCGCCAGACAUCCAUCAUAGACCGUUUCCGAUGGUCCGACAUGGCAGCUCAGCACCGUAUUUAUCACCGUAUUCUACACCUGGCGGCUCGCCUGGACCUAGGCCAGCACCCUUAUUGCCACCAGCAGCGAGCAGUAAUUUCGUGGAUUUGUCCAGCAAGGAGGAGUUCAGCGGGGGAGGAGGCGCGACGUCAGAGAGUUCGCCGACGAUUCUGGGGCUACCGCUCAAAUACGUGUCCUUGGUCACAUUAGCGGUCCAGAAUGCCGCGCUGUCGAUUGUUAUGCACUAUUCGCGGGUGUUUACCCCGCCGUCGCAAGCUUACUCGCCCGCCGCCGCCGUCCUGCUGAACGAGCUGCUCAAAGGCUCAAUAUCGCUCGUCAUUGCGUUUGUCAGGGUGUGCAACGCGUCCGAUGCGCCGUGGUCGCGGAAACCCCUGAGCGCGGCGAACCGACUGUACCGCGAGAUUUUCAGCCCCGACUGCUGGAAACUGUCCAUCCCCGCGAUCCUCUACGUCGUGCAGAACUCGCUGCAGUUCGUCGCCAUCAGCAACCUCCCCGUCGCGACGUUCCAAGUGACGUACCAGAUGAAGAUCCUCACGACCGCGGCGUUCUCGGUCGCGCUGCUCCGGCGGCGACUCACGCCGAUGAAGUGGCUUGCGCUGACGUUCCUCGCGCUGGGCGUCGGGAUUGUCCAGAUCCAGACGAGCUCGGGGCGGAAGCCGCAGAAGGAGAUCCCGGUCGGGAGCGCGAGCGAGCUGGCGCCGUUCCACCAUAUGAGCCCGCUCAAGGGCUUCGGCGCCGUCACGGCGGCGUGCUUCACCUCGGGCCUUGCGGGCGUGUACUUUGAGAUGGUGCUCAAAAACUCAAAGGCGGAUCUCUGGGUCCGCAACGUGCAGCUAUCAUUAUUCUCUCUUAUUCCCGCUCUCCUCCCCAUACUCUACGCUCCCCAGCCGCUUAAUUCGCGCGGUCUUUUCCUGGACCUGUUCAACAACUUUGGAGGGUGGGCGUGGGCGACGGUCGCAACGCAGGUGUUCGGUGGGCUGAUUACGGCGGUAGUCAUCAAGUACUCCGACAAUAUCUUGAAGGGUUUCGCAACAAGUCUCUCGAUUAUACUGUCGUUCUUGGCUUCCGUCGUCCUGUUCCACUUCCGGAUAACACCCUCCUUCGUCCUGGGCUCCUCGACAGUCCUCAUCGCUACGUGGAUGUACAACCAACCCGCAGGAAAGGAGGUGCCUCCGAUUCCGAAUGUCAUGAUGACCUCGGUGUCCGGCAAGACCGCGGGCACACCGUACCCUGGCACGCCCAUUUCGUCCGAUGCGCCCAUCCUCGGCCAAUUCCCAGCGCCCAAACGACCCUCGCCCUUCGGCAGCCCUCGCGCCUUCGCCUCGGCGCUUGGGCUCGCGAACGAGAAAUCCGAGGGGUCCGACUAUUUCAGCGAGACGACGGAAACGAGCCGGUACCUCAGCGCGCCGUACGGCUCGCCCUUCCCCUCGCGCACGCCUUCUCCUGCGCCGCCCAGCAGGAUGCCCAGCUACUCAAAUCUGAAGAGCCAGAAUGGCAAUGGCUCCUACGGACCGCGGCAAUAA